AUGCUCAGCAGCGCCUGCGCCGCCGCCGCCGCCGCCGCCGCUACUUCUGCCGCCGCCGCCGCCGCCGCCGCCGCUGUGCCUCCUCCUCCGCCUCACCUUCGACCUCCUCUCACCACCACCGCCAGCACCACCACCACCACCACCACCACAACAACUACUACACCUCUAACUUCUCCUCCUCCUCGACUUCUCCUCUCGCCGCCUCUUCCCUCUGCCACCAGACGGCGCUCGCCGCCGCCGCCGCCUCGACACCCGAUCCCCGCCGCCUCCACGACGACGAUGCCCGAGUUUCGCCACAUGCGCAGCGGGAGCCUCAGCAUCCCCGCUGCCGCUGCUGGCCCCGGCGCUGCCCAGAUGAUGGCCCGAAGUCCUCCCAGUGCGUCGUACCGCCUCGCGCCCGCCCUUGCCCCCGAUACCUCGCACGUCCCCUGCAAAUUCUUCCGCCAGGGCGCAUGCCAGGCCGGCAAUGCCUGUCCCUUCAGCCACGACAUUGGCGCCUCGGCCGAGACGGUCUGCAAAUACUUUGCAAAGGGCAACUGCAAAUUCGGCCCCAAGUGCGCCAACGUCCACGUUCUCCCCGACGGCCGUCGCAUCAACUACGGCAAAAACGGCGUCACCAUCGGCGCCGCGCCCGUAAACCUCGCCUCGAGGGCUUCUCCCGGCUCCGCCUCCCCGACCUCGGCCUCGGCCACCGCCUACAGCCACGGCGCCUCGGCCAGCGCCCUCACCUCGUCCCUCUACCAGUACCCGCCCGACGACCGCCAUGUCUCCCAGCACCAUGCCCACCACGGCCUCGACAGUGCCAUCCCCGCCGUCGACAUGCCCUAUUCCCACUCCAACUACGACUCCCCGCGCGACGACGACGCCGCUCGCCUCGGCUUCGGCCGCUCUCCUGUCAACGGCAAGGGCCUGUCGGUCCUCGACGCCCCCCUGCCCUCGUCGUUCGACUCCAACGGCAUCUCCAACGCCGCCCGCUUCCCCUCGGCCCCAUGGCCCUCUUCCGUCCCGUCCAAGUUUGGCCUCGACUCGCCCACCUUGUCUCUGAGCAGCGCUCGCGAGUCACCGCGCACCUCGGAGACGCUCAAGCUGCUGCACACGUCGGCCUUUGGCUCCUCAGAGCACCUCGCCACCCCCACCGCCAGCAGCCCCCCCAACUCGCAGCCCGCCAACGGCGACGAGUACUUUGGCAAGCGAGCUAUGCACUCGUCCAGGUACGCAAAGCCCAGGAUGCUGAGCGCCAGCCUACCCAAGGCCGCCUCGGUCGACCGCGACUGGGAGGCUGGCUUUGCUUUUGGCGACGACGGCGACAAUGUGCCCGAAAACUACGUACCCGAGAACCUGCAGGACCUUUUGACCCCCGCCGAAAAGGCCCGCCGUGGCUCCAUGCGCGCCGACAGCGACCCCAGCGUCGACGGCCUAUCCAAGUACGGCAGCCCCCUCGGCUCGAGCCCCAGCCGAUGGGGCCCCCUCUUCCAGCGCCAAAAGGAGGAGGAGGACGCGACGCGAGCCGCGAGGACCGCCGGCUCCGCCUUUGGCCACGUCGGGAGCCCUCUGCGGAAGUCGACGCUGGCCCAGGAAAUGGGCGACGGCUUCAAGGGCCACGCCGCCGCCGCCUCGCGCCCCUCUGCCUCGCGCGCCUGCAGUGAGUCCAUGUCGGCCCUGUCCCAGCAGCUCCAGCGCAGCCGGCUCGAUGACGGCAUGGGCGGCUCGAGCCCGCUGCUACAUCCCACGACGGCGCGGAUAUCCGGCGGUGGCAUGGGCGCCAUCGGCAAGGACCGCACCAUGGAGCGCCACGUCUCGAGCGGCAGCGUCGGCUCGUCCAUGACGGGCCGCUUCACCACGCCCAUCGACGAGGAGGACCCCGCCUUUGUCUUCAGCAUGGACGUCGACGAUUCUGGCUCGGCCCGUGUGCGCAAGCGCGCCUCGGCCGGCUUAGCCCUGGGCGGUCUGGGCAGCUAUGCCGGAGCUGCGGCCGGUAAGGGCGCCCACAGCAACUCCAAGGAUCCCAGAGACGCGAUGCCGAUCGACGGGCGAUGA